GCUAGCCACAACACAAACAUUUUGCGCGUUUAUUUAUUAAGUUUGGUCAUUUAGUACCAAUAACAGCAUAAAUGUGCAAAACAAAUCAUACAAAUAUCUUUCAGCUGUUUUAUUUUGAGCCCAGGUGAUAUAAAGCCUUAAGGUGUGCUAUCACAACAAUAGCGUCCAGACGCACAUGGAGAAUUUGACGGCGUCGCCGACGAAAUCGACGACAACGCCAAAGAAACGAAGGCACAGCGAAUAUCAUGAUCCCGAUUAUAGUUUUGGAUACGAAAAUCACCCAACCGCCACUGCGGGCAAAGAAAAGAAGCGCAUUAAGCUCGAGCAAGAAUACCAACAGGAUGAAGACAACCAGAAUCAGCGGGCUGAGAGAAGCAAAACGCCUCAAAUUGCUUUUAAUGUUGACAGCGUGGCGCAACUGAAGCGUUUUGAGGAAAUCGUACGCGCGGAAUUCCAAAAGGAGUUAACCACAAAGGAACAGCAGUUGAAUGAGAUUGAUGCACGGUUGUAUCAAGCACGUCAGCUGCUGGACAAGCUGCGAUACCAUGUGGUUAGCGAGUACUAUAAGAAACAACAGGUGCCAUUGACAGCUGCAGAUGUGUCUAAGGUGCGAUCCAGCGACUCAUUGUUUGGUGAUGGGCUUGAACGAGCUGGAGCCCAACUGCCACUGCAUCCAGCGGUCAAGAAAAUAGUUGGCAAGCGGCCAGCUCCUCUACAGUUAAAUCUGCCAGAGCGCACGGCCGCGACGCUGGCCAAGCAGACGAUUCGCCUACGUAAUCCCGCAAAUCGUCGGGCGGAGCGUAGACGACAGCAGAAAAUUCGCGAACAGGGCAUUGUUACGGAUCAUACACAAGAGCACAAGAAGGAAGCGGAUGUGGCUAGGCAUGAGGAACAUCCGUGCACUAGCAAGCAGGCAUACACAAAUCAAACUGAGCUUGGCGAUUCCUCAGUGGCAGCGCUUAAUGCGUCGCGCUUGAACAACAAGAACAAGUUUCACUUUGUGGUGGGCAACACCUCAAAGUAUCUAGGCGGCGCUGACUUGGACACUCGAAAUGGCCAAUCCCUUGCAUACAAAUGGCUUGUCUACAUUCAGGGAAAAAAUCUACCUCAACCACUGGAGACGUACAUAAAAAAGGUGCGCUUCCAAUUGCAUCACUCAUACCGGCCCAACGAUAUUGUGGACGUUCACUCUCCACCCUUUCAGCUGACACGUCGUGGCUGGGGCGAGUUCCCCAUGCGCAUUCAGCUAUAUUUCCAAGAGCACCUUCAGCAGAAACCAGUUCAGCUAAUGCACAACAUUGUGCUGGACAAGACCAUGUGCGGCCUGCACACCAUGGGAAGCGAGACAACUGUAGAGGUUUGGCUGCGUGCAGAUGUACCUGUAAUAGUUCCCAUUACGCCUUCGCCAACGUCAACGCCAAAAGCUGUUAAAAUGGAGCUACCAGCAACAGUCGGUGCUGGAAAUGAACCUCUUUCACCUGAUAAUAAUUCCAAACCGCGCACCAUUUCAAUAACGCAGAAUAAAGAAGAUCUGGAUGAUAAUCUCUUUGCAUGCAUCAAUAAGAUCGAGUUAAGCGACGAUAUUGACCUUAUCGAGCCGACAGUGCCUGUCUCGGAGCUUUUAAAGUUGAGUAGCCCGAAAAAGAAAGAAACACCUGCAGUCGAAACCCCGAAUAAAACGCCACUGAGCCAUAAUUCCAUUGACACAAUACCUGCUAUGAGUUCCAGUCUGCCCGCAGCUCUUCCUACCAUAAAUGGAAGCGGCAAAAGGCCAACAGCAAUGGCUGCACAACUGCGCAAAGGAAAUCCAACAUCGCAAUUUAAAAACGUAGUAUUUCAAAAAGAAGGCAAACUAUAUAUCAUCGAUCCGCUGCAAUCAAAGCUAAAGCAGGCUGCCAAGCAGCAGUCGCUGCUUAAGCCGCAACUUAGCUUGCUCAAACAGCCAACACAACAGCUCUCCAAGCGAUGGCACUUCCUGCAGUGCAUCCAAAACGAUCAUGGCUAUGCCAAUAUGAGCAGCAAUGAAGUGCCUCCAGUGCCCGCACCUCUAAGCCAGCGCCUGACUCUCGAGCAUCUCUUCGGCAGUAUUCCCUUUCAGAGUAUGCGAAGUGCUGUGGAGUUUUUGCUUCGACGGCUACCAUUAGCAAACGCUUUGGGCAAUGGCAAUGGCAACGAAUUUCCCUUUGGUAAUCAUACACUGUCAGCAUUCCAAGCUCAGCCCGCUUUGCGUCAGCGGUUCUUCGAAUUUAUGCGUGGUCGAUCUUUGUCACGCUGCAUGCGUCAACAUAUACGCCUCCAGCAUUUGCACAGCAGCGGAAAAGAGUCAUUCUGGAGUACGCGGGAGAUUGUGGCAUUUGCACGUCUACAUGGAUAUACGCCGCCUUUAAAAAUGCUUUGUGUUUCUAGACAGAAGCCUGCCUCGGCGGCCAUGCCAUUAUCGGAGCGCGUGCAACAACAGCUGCAAGAGGAUCCUCAGCCGCAACUAUUAGGAUACUGCAGCCUCAGCUCAAGGUCCAGCGUAGAUAGCUGGCUAUCAAAACGGAUAGCAAGAAUGCAAUGCCGCGAACAAAGAUUAGAGGCAGAGGAGCUAAUCGAUGUGGUCAAUCUUUUCCCUGCCAGCUCUGAGAUUCAGCGAUCUAAGAACUCAUUCGACAUUAAAUUAAACCAACAUUUGCUGUAUUUACCGCCACCUGAGGAGUUGGAUGCUGCCACACAGCUCGUGAAGGACAUGUGCAAAGAUGUUGGCAUCAUCCUGCAUGCAGAACAGAGCGUGCCAGGUGUUUCCCAGUCGCUAGCUCUCACGCUCUUGGCACAUGUGCUUCGAAUGUUUAUAGAAAAGUUGGUGCGUCGCACCGUUGCCGCAAAACUGCUGCAGCAACAACAACCAAACGCAAUUGAGACGCUGCCAGCUCCGGCUGCCAAUCUGGAAAUGGCCUUGUUACCUCACGACAUCGGACGUAUAAUCGCAAAGAGUGCGGAGCUGGAUUUUCUCGGGAAUUCUUAUCUUGGCAUUGAUCAGAAGGACUCGCAGUCCGACUCUUAAUUUGCCUAGUGUAUUACAUUUAUGUAAUUACGA